GAGGAUCACAUCGUUUAUAGUGGAAGUAGUCUACACUGGCCCCACCAGGACGGGGUUUUUUUUCCAUACGUGCACGAAAUGAAAUCUCUUUCGAAUAGACGACUAUAGUUCAAAGACACUGCUGCUGCCAGAGAAGAGGCAUUUUUCUUUUCUUCUUCUUCUUCAACUGGACCAUUGUCCUCAGGCAGCUGCUCUUUCAAUGUGGGAUACAGUUUUGGUUCUCUCGCCAGGCUGAAAUCCUCCAGGGUUAGGACCUCCCUCAUGGCAGCUUUGCUCUUCGGGCUGCUGCUUUUUGCAAUGCAGUCCCCCCCUAUCCCCUCCAGACCGACGGCUGAUAGAGGGUCCUCGUCCCUUCCCACCACGUCCCCUGUGGCUCCCAGUGACCAUGGGGCCACCAGCCACCCAAAUGGGACCCUUCAGCAGCUCCCCAAGAUUAUAAUCAUUGGGGUGAGGAAGGGUGGGACGCGGGCGCUCAUUGAGAUGCUCAGCCUCCACAGCGCGGUGGCCGCAGCUGAGAAUGAAGUGCACUUCUUUGACUGGGAGAGCCAUUUCCAGAAAGGGUUGCCCUGGUAUCUUAGCCAGAUGCCUUACUCCUUCCCAGACCAGUUGACGGUGGAGAAGACCCCUGCUUACUUCACCUCCAGCAAAGUUCCCAAGCGCAUCUACCGGAUGAACCCAGAUAUCAAGCUGCUGCUCAUACUAAGAGACCCCACGGAGCGGGUGCUGUCGGACUACACUCAGGUUUUCUACAACCGCCUCCAGAAGCACAAGCACUACCAGCCCAUUGAGUCAGUGCUGGUGAAGGAUGGAGAGAUCAACCUGGGAUACAAAGCUCUCAACCGCAGCCUGUACUACAUGCACAUGCAGAACUGGCUACGAUAUUUUCCGUUGGAGAGCAUCCACAUGGUGGAUGGAGAUGAACUGAUCAGGGACCCCUUACCCGAGAUGAAGAGAGUGGAGAGGUUUCUGAAUCUGGAACCACAGAUAAAUGCCUCCAACUUUUACUUUAACAAGACCAAGGGAUUCUACUGUUUGAGAGACCAUGGGCGAGAACGCUGUUUACACGAUUCAAAAGGCAGGGCUCACCCUCACGUCGCCCCCACCAUCCUCCAAAAACUCUACCAGUUUUUUCAUGAACCCAACAAGAAGUUCUUUGAGUUGGUGGGUCGAACAUUCAACUGGAACUGAGAUAAUGUGACUUAAUAUCUGUUUAUAAUUUUACUUAAUGUAUCACAGCCUUGUUUGAGUUGGGUUCAUGAUCCACAGCGGUCCGUCCAGCUUUCCAUACUAACACUCCGGAGAAAGAGACAAGAGCGUUGCUAGAUAAAUUUAAUGCUAAAUCUAUUUUUGUAUCAGUGAAGCUGUCGCAGUAUUACAAUCGGGCCAAAUGUAAGGGGAGAUUUUGAAAUCUUGGUUAGUGACUGGUUAGUGGUCCGUGUCUUAACAAGUUCGUGUUUUCUCUUUCAUUCGGUGUGUCGUCUGGAAUACUGUUGCAAGCACGAACGGAUGUUACCCUGGCAGUCAGCCUAAAGCCGACUAAGUAUAAAUUAUUGUGACGCAGACGGGUUAGACAGUGUAAUUUAGUGUGUCAUGAACAGUUAAGUAAUGAUCAGUCACUUUUUCUUCUUUCUUUCUCUGCAUAUGAAACUUAUUCACAUUUAACUGCAUUUGGUGUUCUGAAGGACCUUUAACCUGCUGCUGGUUUUUCUUUGUCACUUUUGGUCACACGCCAUACUGAACAUAUUUGUCCUUUUUGUUAUUCAAAUGACUCUUUAUGCAAAGAAGUAUUAUAUCCAUGCUAUGUACACAUCAUGUAUU